AUGGUGGAUAGACAUAUCUUUACAAGCUCUGUGUUUCUCCUCAGUUUUGUGCUAUUUAUUGGUUUUAGAACACUUGGGCUUAGUUCUGACUUAUUUUAUAAAGCUCAUUCGUCUACAAUUCAUGUAUUUGGCGAAGAAAACCGUCAAAUUAAGUGGGAAUAUCAGCGAUUUCUAACUGUUGACAUUGAUGAAUUACGAAAUGAUGAUGAACAGACUCAAUCCCGAACGUAUUUUGUCACACUUAACAAUCCUAAAGAAAAUGGUUCAUUUGGUUAUUACUAUGGCAAAGUUCACUUGUUGACAAUGUAUAUGUCUGAAGAUGUAAAUCGUAGUAUCGGGCAAGGAAUACAGCUAACUUUGUUAUCGCAAGCUAAUCCCGAAGUGUUGCUCAACCAAGCCCAACAAGCUCAGAUUUGCAUGUCUCUUCAACCGAAUAUUUUCAUAUUACAGAAACGUGUUGCAAAGGACAAAAGGCUAAAUUGCAAGCGUCUAAAAUCUCGCAUUCAAUAUUAUUCCAAUUGUGUGGCAACGUUCCAGUUGCUGAUUAUUACCUGUGGAGAUAUUCAAACAAACCCAGGACCUUCUACAACUGAACCAACAUCAAGUAACAGCCAAUGUUAUCGGCGUGUUUCUGCGGUUAAAUGUCCAACAUGUGAGAAAACUGUUCGACGCAAUCAAAAACGUAUAGUUUGCAAUAUUUGCAAAGACUUGUAUCAUGCACGUUGUAUUGAGGCAGUUAUAUCACAACACAUCCCAUCCGACAAGCCCGUUGAGCAGACAUGUGAUAGAUGUUUAAUAUCACUGCUACCCUUCCAUGGCCAACCUAAUUUAGAUGCUUCUUUUCGACAAGAAACCAGUGACGAUCUUCUCAACGACAUGCCCGAUGAACAUCUCAAUGUCCUCACUAGUAUGGCUAACCAACUUAGGCUUGCACAUUUAAACACACAAAGUAUGGUGUCGACAUUUGAUGAGCUACUCGUCACCAUUUCUAAAUAUCCAUUUGAUAUAAUAGCAAUGAGUGAAACAUGGCUAAAGAACAAUCCUCACUUAUUAGAAUAUGUUAACAUUCCUGGCUACUCUAGCGCCUUUCGCAACCGAGAUAAAAUUUGUGGGGGAGGUGUUGGUGUGUAUUUGAGGGAUACUAUUAACUACAAGAGGUGUACAGAUAUUGAAGACAUCGAACCUGAACUAGAACACAUAUGGCUGGAAAUACCUGGUAAAAAUAAACACAGUAAGAUGUUGCUCGGAGUAUUGUAUCGAUCAGAGCGUUUACAGGACUUCCAAGCUUGGAUGGACAAGACCGAAAAUUUGCUAAGCCAGUUAAAUGUCCUCUGGGAUGGUCUACUUGUCGUCACCGGCGACAUGUAUAUCGACCUGUUGAAACCUGAAUUACCCCAAGUUAAGAAAUAUACUGAUUUACUGGAAUCGCUGAAUCUUUAUCAACACAUUCAAUGUCCUACUUGUACUGCUCCUACUUCUGCAACACUUAUUGACCACAUAAUUAGUAAUACCCCAAACCGUGUCACCUAUUGUAAUGUAUUACCAUGUCCUACAGUCAGUGACCAUGAUGUGCCUUAUGUUUGCAUUAAUAUAAGAGCUUGCAGAUUCCAGCCAUGA